AGAAGAUUGUUUAAUUUCUCUUUGGCGAUGGCGAGUUUGAAUGAAAAGUGGGAAGCUUUUGUCAAGUUUAAGUCUGUUGUGGUAGAUCGUGAAAGAGAUGUUUUUCGAGUGACAGAAGAACUGUAUGAUCUUCAUAGCAACAGAGAACAACUCAGGGGUGUAACAAGUAGUUGCAACUAUCGCUUGACCAUACCAUUUGCCCCCCAUCUCUUUGGCUCGGGCAAAACGACCUUUGCCCGAACCUAUUUGGAGUUGGUGCAAAGGUUUGGUGAAAAUUUUCUGUCGACUUUUGCUUCGGACCCUUCGAGCAGAACCUUUUUGGAGAAGCUGAAAAGGGCUUCAUUGCUUUAUGUGGAUUUAAGGGGGUUGAAGCCCACAGAACCGAAAGAACGCAACCUAAAGUGGGCAGUAUACUAUUUAUUGUACCGAUCAGCUUGUAAUCAGAUGGGUCUACCGUUUAUGAAGCCUGAUGAAGCCUACAGACACAUUCCUCUCUAUCCAAGCUUUCUAAUUCCAGAGCUACGGAAGACUUUGGGCAUUACUUCCGAUCAAUAUCUUUUGUUGGCAUUUGACGAAGUUGGUGUGUUUGAUACAAAGGCAACUUUUUUUGAACUGGAGAAGAAUGACAAAGGUGUGGUUCGACCGUACAAUGACUUUUUUGGUAUCAUUAGUCAAUUGUGCGAAGAACCCGACUUGUUUUUUAUUGUUGUUGGGAAAAGCAAGGGUUUAAGUAUUAAGAAUGAUGUGGCUUUUGGGCUAUCAAGAGUUAUAUUACAUUUUAUCCCUUUAUCACCUUUGGACGCUUCCAGUAUCGUUGAGUUCCUUCAAAAAAGUCUUCUAAAGACACCUACUCAAGAACCGGUUUGUAAUGUCUUAUGUAGUUCUUCAUUUUCAGUAAAUGAAUUGGCAGAUUCGUUAUUGGAAUGUACAGGUGGAGUUCCUGGUUUGUUGACUCGUGCAGUGAAUAUGCUUUUGAAUUAUGUGGAAAUGAGAAACCAGCCUUUCAUAUCGAAAGAAGAAUGUUUGACUUGUAUGAAUGACUACGAUUUCCGAAGAAUUUGUGCUGAACCAUUUGUGGAACGAAUAUUGAAUUUGGACGAAGAUAGAAAAAGUGUUUUUGAUAUACUUUUGAUGAUGGCUCUUUAUCGUAUACCGUUUCAAGUAGAUGACAUAUUGACCUCGGAGUCUUAUCUAUUUGAUGCAGUCACUGAAAUGGGACUAUAUCGAUAUCCUAUUGACCAGAAUACUUUUCAAGUCCUGAUUCCAAAAGUAUUUGUUGUAAUCUUCAAGAAGGACCCUUCCAUAUCUUCUUUGGAAAAGAUACUUCUCGAAUCACUUGAUGUAGAACCAGUAGAUUGUUUCUUCUAUUCAAAGUGUCGUGUAUUUGAAGGAAUUGUUGCUUUACGACUAGUUUUGAUGUUGUCUUCAAAGAAUCGAAAUGAGUUGAGAGAAUUGUUGUGUCAAUUGUCUCCAAUAUGGAAACAAAUGAAACUUCCAAUCAGUACAAUAUCACCUAUUCACUAUAUCAAGUCUGUUGUUAGUUCUAGAGAAACAAGAAGUGAAUCGAACAAGAGUCGAAGAACUUUUGCCAAUACUGAAUGGAAUAAGAUUAUUCGAGAGACACUUUAUUUAGAGACUAUUUACAUUCCUUUGGACGCUACUUCUCAUAGUCCUGAUAUUAUAUUCCAAUUACAAUCUCCUGUGGAACCCAAAGUUCUUACUGUUGGAGUUGCAUGUAAAGGACGUUGGAAGUCGGAAGGAAUUGGCUGGUCAGAUAUUAUAGAUGAAGCCAAGAAAUUUUUAUAUCCUGUUUAUGAUCAAGUCUUAUCCAGUGCAAUGGAUUCUCAUCAUUGUAUGCUUAUUAUCGUUAGUACAAAGUUAUCCUUGAAUGUUUCUAAUGAGUUGGGUAAUUAGAGUCGUUGUUACUCCAGUGGAAUGUUUAUUGGAAAUGAUUCGUUCAAAGUACCUGAUAAUUGUGAACUUGUUAUUCUUUGUGAAAGAGAUGUCCAAAUGCUGAUUGACGAAGAAAUAUUGAGCGGACUUGAAAGAGCAUUUGGUGUUUCUCAUAAUCCUACUUUUUGGGAUUUUGGAUUAGAUUUACUUGAUAGAAUCCGUAACAGUUUCUUAAGUUGGCAAUAGAUUCUAACUCAAUCCUUCACUUUGUGAUUUGUUUUGAAGAGCAAAUAAACUUGUUUUGUAUGUUUGAAACUCGGUUAAAACUUAUUUGCUUUCACUCUGAGGAUUAUUGUCUUAAUAUGGUACUAACCACGAAAAUCAAAAUAAGCCUAUUGUUGUAAAAGUCACUGUCACAGUUUGACAGGUCUUGUUUGCUUCUUGUAACUUCUCAGGAGAGUGUCAAC